UUUAAUAUUUAAAAUUGUCGGUUAUUGUUUUGAUCGUAGGCUGUCGUAGACCGUAGCUCGUAUUUUGUGUGAACGUUAUUCAUGUGUUUCUGAAUUAAAAGUGAAUAAGGAAAAAUUAUAAUCUUUCUAGUAUAUCUAUUAAAUAACAUAUACAUAAAUAUAUAAAACGAAAAUGGAUCGAAUUAAUUUGUUUAAACAGAAAAAAGUUCCGUUUCAAAGUCAAGAAGCUCGAUUAGGAAGAGCUUUGGACGUUGAACAAAAAAGAAAACACCAGAGAGCUCAAGAAUUAAAUCGGGUACGCGCUGUAGAUGAUGGUAUCCAGGAAGGUAAAUACAAUCUUGUAGCGAGUCCGCCGAGACAGGAACUCAAAAGACGAUUAGAGCUUUGGCGAGCUGAAAAGAUGAUUAAAAAAAAAAUAGAAGCUGCGAAAAAAAAACCAGCAUUUAAAGUUGGAAUUCCUCAUCAUAAAAUUUAUUCCCCAAAGUCUACGGAUCCGCCACUGCCACAUCAACACGGCAAGAAAAAACUACCUAAAAAAGAAUCACCAGUUAAAAGAAUAACACGUGCUACUGCCAAGCGCUUGGAAGCCAAAUCAAAUUUAUCGAAAGUAAAUCCUUCAUCUAAAUCAACAAAUUUAGCUAAAAAAUCGCCAGCUCAAACAAAAAUACUAGCAAACUCAUUUAAAUCUCCAUCAAAACUUGUAACGAGAACACCAGUUAAAAUAAAUAGCAAAACUCCUGUUAAAGUAACUAACAAAACUCCAUUAAAAUCACUGAGGCCAGAAGUUUCUAAAAGUUUUAAAUCAAUAGCGCCGGAUAAUUACGUUUUCAAACCACCAGCAGGUAUUGAGUCUUUACCAAUUCUUGAUCAAACUGGACCUACUGAAAAAGAAUUAUCAUCGCGUAUUUCUGAGCUCAUUGCGACAUCAUUUAAGUCAACUAACAUUUCUCAUUUUGGUCGAGCUCCAGCCAAUCUGAAGACUGAUUCAAUUGAAUCUAAAGUUGAAACUCUUGGCCUGCAUGAAAUGAAAAAGACACCAAUUAAUAAAUCAAUUGAACGUACGCGAGCUGAAUCACCAGUUCCAGCAGCAUUUUCCCCUUUUAUAAUCACAGGUCGCGGUAAAAAUGCUCGCAAAGAACAACGCGAUCGAUUACUUAACAAUUCAUUUGGUGGAGAAAUACCAACCAAGGAAACGGUCCAAUCAAUGUUGAAUACAUCACUGGAGGAUAAGCAGAAGACCGCACAGUACUACAAAUACUUGUUGGGCCAGGAGACAGAGAAACUCGAAGCUCUCUGCCGUAUUUGGGAGAAAAUUCAAUCUGAAGAAACUAUAGAGGAUGGUGUUUUUAUUAUAAACCAGGCUAUUGGCCAGUCCAAGCUGUUGAUAAAAAAAAAAUUCCAUCGCUUUAGUCUUCUUGUUGCUGAUUGCGAGUCAAACAAUCCAGAGACGCUUGUUGGGAGCCAGGAUCUCCAAGGAUUUUGGGAAAUGAUGGGUCCGGAGAUAAGAAACUGUCAUGAUCGGUUUGCUAAGCUGGAGAAGUUAAAGGAGAAGGAUUGGGUUGAGGAAGAGGUGGAAGUAGUGGCUCCAGUGGUAAAAAAAGUGAAAGCUGUAAAAAAGAAUAAAGUUAUGGGUUCAAGCAAGAUGAAGAUGUUCAUUGAAGCUGCGAGGAAAAAAAAAUUACAGGAGCAAGAUGCUGGAAAACAAACUCCUGACGGCAGGAUCUUGAGAAGCCGCAUGGUGAAGACUCCAGAAGUAAAGCUUGACAGUUCUAUCAGUUACAUUAAUUCGGAUCAAACUCCUGGUAAAAGUAUUUUGAAGAAAAAAACCGAUGGACAAGGAUUAAAUAAAUCUGUGACCAAAGUUAAUUUUACAAUUUCUGACGCUCAUCAACUUGGUACUUGUAAUGAUGUCGGAGUUGAUAAUCAAAUAACAAAAAAGCUUGAAUUUAUUGACCACAUUGUUGAUCCAUCAGAAGAACGUGUGCCAUCAAAAGCUGCUCAGUUAUUGGCACAGAAAUUAUUUGGCAUAAAUCGAAGAAAACGAAACCGUAAUGUCGUUGAAUUAAUUGAAACUGGUAAACCUUCUGCUCCUGAUGUUAAGACUCUGAAUCCUGUUAAAGAAGGUGAUUUAACUUCCAAAUCUACAGUUGACAAAGCUACACCUAAACAAAAAAGAGCUCGUUCGCUUACUAAAAAUAAAGAAAACACGACUCCUAGUAGAAGAUCAUCAAGAAAAUCUAUCAGACUCAAUGUAUCUGAUGAUUGUACUGCGUGCGAGAAACCUAGAUAAUUUAAUGUUAUUAUUUUUGACUUAUAUAUUUAUUUGAUCGGUAAUUUUCAAAAAAUAACUAUUAUUAUUAUUAUUAUUAUUAAAUGUAUAUAAAU